AUGAGUGGUGCCGGAUGGAAUUCUAUGCCGAUGGAGCUGCUCGAGCAGAUUUUCGACCGGAUUCCACCGAAGAAUAAAGGCAGAUGCUCUCAGGUUUGCCGCCAAUGGAACGGUGCAUUCAAAUCACCACGCUCCUGGCGUUCAUUCACCUUCAAAGACGGCGUCUUCGUUCGCCGAAAGUACACUCAACAUUCUGGCUGGCAGUAUCAUAUUGAUCAUUUGCGCUUGAGCAGUCUGAUCACAAAAACCACCGAGCAAUGGAGAACCUUCACCGUCGAGCCGGUCACCAAUCUGUUCAACCUCUACGAAUUCUUCAGAAUUCUUGCGAAUUACUGCCAACACUACGAGAAAUUCACCAAAAACAUCCGUCCACUCGGAAAGGUCCAAACCUUCAACUUCAAAUGGCACCUUCACGUCGGCGAUGCCGAGACCGGUGGAUUCAUCGCAGACAAGGACGUCGGAACUGGAGGACAGAUGCUGAUCAGUCUGAAAAAUGUGAUUCAGUAUCUUCAUGGGCUCAAGUCGUUAACAUUGGAGGAUCUUCAGCUCACUCCACAAGAGGCCACAGAUUUCCUGUUGACUCUUCUGGAAAAGUUCCAAGAGAAGUUGACCUACUUGAGUCUGCUAAACGCAACGCUCAUUCCUGAGCCACUACUCCAGGUCGGAUGUUUUCUGAAGCUCAAAACGUUGUUGGUGUCGCCGCAGAUGCUGUGCGCCGACACGCUCUCAGCGAUCGCUUGCCUCGAGCAGCUGGAGAACUUCUCCAUUGUUCAGGAUGAGAAAAGUAGUCAGUCGCCGGAUAUAUGCCGCGACGCGUGGAACAUGUUUAUCAGGCAGAACAUGGGCCGAACACGUGUCUGGCUUAUCCUACGAGGAAAGCCCCAAGAAUCGCUGAUCAUUCAACCAGGUGCACCGGUAUACGGUAUUCGCAUGGAGAACAGUGCUGGACAGCUCACGAUGGAGCUUGCCGAACAGAUUGCAAACUACUACUCCGAAACAUUGCACGUCUUCGUUCAGACCGGAUUGGAAAGAAUGAAGAGAGGCAAGAAGAUGGAGGAAAGAGUGGAUUCAGCUCUCGUUGAGAUUGUCAGCAGAUGCUCAUUGUUGAACCGUGUGGCCUGUCGGGAGAGAUUGUCCUACGGAACCGCCGUUAUCUUGUCGGUGUAUGCAGCCAGAAAUGGAUUCGAGCUGUUUCUCAGAAAAAAUGCAUUGUUGAAAAGACUCUGUUGGUGCCGCCUCGACAUGGAGACUCACGGCAUUCUUUUCAAUUGGCUCAGAAACAUGGCUCGUACCGAGGAGAUUCUCCUGGAGACCAUCCGCCUCCACACCAACAUGAGCAUCUCAGUUUUCGAUGACAAAACUUACAGAGUCCUCAAAUUGUAA